AUGAAGGGUUCAUUAUUGCCCUAUGGGCUUCAAAUGCUAGUGAGUAGUAUCCUAGCGGUUGCUGUUCCUACGGCCGUGGAUACGACAAACAAUGUUACCUACAAGGGACUCUACCGCAACAGAAUCGAGGUCUUUUUAAACAUCCCGUAUGGACAGGACACAGGUGGUGAGAAUCGUUUCAAGCCUCCAAUGCUACACACCCCUGAACCUGGCAGUGAGGUAAUUGCACAAUCGUACGGACCCUCAUGCCCGCAGCCGCUUGGGGACGAGCUCGGCGCACCGCUCGUCCUCGGGAAUGUGACGGACACCUCGGAAGACUGCCUCAAUCUGAACGUGGCGAGGCCGCAAGGGACUCGCACCGGGGACAAGCUACCCGUCAUGGUCUGGAUACACGGCGGGAGCUUCUGGUCAGGGCAAAACAGCGAGAUCACAGUAGAGCCUGACGGCUUGAUACUGGAGUCUGUUGAGAACGGGCUGCCCAUCGUCCACGUGGCUUUGAACUACCGUCUGGGCGUCUUUGGCUUUGCGCGGUCUGCGGCGCUUGAGUCUGAAGGCUCAGAGAAUGCUGGGUUGAAGGACCAGAGACUUGCGAUCGAAUGGGUGCGUGACAACAUAGAGUAUUUUGGGGGCGACCCGAAGAAGAUCACCGUCUCUGGCCAGUCAACUGGAGGGUUGUCCGUGGGAAUGCAGAUUGUGGCAUACGGUGGUAGCAAGCCCAUUUCAUUUCAACAGGCCAUCUGCGAAAGCCAGGCUCUCGAGCCCGGCAUCACCGGAAACUUCACAGUCGACGCCAUGCAGCUUCUUGUCGACUACCUGGGCUGCAAUACCACGAGCCUAGAUUCCGAGCAGACCGUGGCUUGUCUAAGAGGCUUCGACAAAGAUGCCCUCAUGGACGCCUCGCUAGCCACGUACAUCGGCGACACUGCACAUAACAUCGGCGACAUCUGGCUCCCGGUCGUUGACGGCGACUUCCUACCCGCCGCCCCAUCCGAGCUCAUCAGACAAGGCAGGUUCGCCAACGUGACGACGAUGAUAGGCUGGGCAGACAACGACGUCUCUUACCUCACCGAGCCGAGCAUCCAGACCGCCAACGACACGCGCGCCUUCUUCCAGGCCUACGCUCCCGCCAUGACGGACGCCAACGUGGACAAGUUGCUCGCGCUGUACCCGGUGUCCGAUUUCCAGGCCAACGCCGACGCCGACCUGUCGGCCGAGUUCUACCGCGCCGCCAGGGUAUUUCGAGAUAUCAUGAUGACGUGCCCGCCGCUGUGGUACGGCGAGCACAUGGCCGCGAGCGGCAGCGACGUGUACCACUACGCCUGGAACCAGUCGCUCCUGGACCCAAUCCUGGGUUUCGUCGGCUACCCCGGGCUCGGCGUCGUACACACCUCCGAGCUCGCCUACGUCUUUGGCAACCUGUCGCACUACGACGUCCACGGGUACCCGUUCGCGCCGGACGAGUCGGACCACGCCCUGCUUCGCCGGGGGUCAAGGUCGUGGUCUUCGUUUGUGAGCACCGGGAGGCCCAGCCUGGAGGGGCUGGAGACGUUCCAGGGGUUUGAGCCUGCGUUUAAGGAGCCUGGCCAGACGUACAUCUUUGUGGCUGGCGGGCCGGAUGAGGGCCUCUCUGCUGUUGAUGGCUCCGGGGCGUCACCGGCCUUGGCAAGCCAGAGGUUGAGAGAGCGGUGUGAGUUUAUUAACUCGCCGGACUUGAUUGAGCAACUGAGGUUUUAG